CGCUCGGGUUCUGAGUUUUUAAGACGCACGGGGCGGCAGUCUGUGCAUGCUGCUGCAGGAAGCCGUGCGCGUGGAUGGCGUGAAGCGGACCCGGACCCGGCGGGAUGCGCACUGGCGAUGCUCGGCGCAGGACAAAGUGGACCCGCACGUGCCGACCCGGAGAGAUAAGACGGUCUGCCGCAAAAUGAAGACACCUAUGCGCCAUGGAGCGGCCGUGGUGUUAGUCGUCACCCUGUGCGCCAGCUUGUUCCUCGUGUACAACGGCAGCUUCGGCAGCGCUUCGAGGGACGCCAACGACACCGCCAAAGCUUACGUCAAGGUGCCCACGAAGCCUCAGCCUCCGGUCCUCCAGGGAUACAGCAGCAUCAUCGACCACACGCCUCUCAAGAUGCACUGCCAAACCUGUGCGCUGGUGACAAGUUCGGGUCACCUGAUCGGAGGCGGGCGGGGGGAGCAGAUCGACCGGGCCGAGUGUGUCAUCCGUAUGAACGACGCCCCGACCACCCGCGGCUACGCCCGCGACGUGGGCCGCCGCACCUCGCUGCGCGUCAUUGCCCACUCCAGCAUGCAGAGGGUGCUGCGGAGCCGACACGAGUUGCUCAACGCCAGCCAGGACACGGUGUUCAUCUUCUGGGGGCCGAGCAACUACAUGCGGCGCGACGGGAAGGGCCUGGUCUACAACAACCUGAGACUGAUGAACCAGGUGCUACCCAGACUCAAGGUCUACAUCAUCUCCUGGCAGAAAAUGUUGCAGUUUGACGAGCUCUUCAAGAAGGAGACCGGCAAGGACAGGAGGAUAUCUAACUCGUGGUUGAGCACAGGCUGGUUCACUAUGACCAUAGCCCUGGAGCUGUGCGAUAGGAUCAAUGUGUACGGCAUGGUCGCCCCUGACUUCUGCAGGGAGCCCCAGCAUCACUCUGUCCCCUACCACUACUACGAGCCCCACGGCCCGGACGAGUGUGUCAUGUACAUCUCCCAUGAGCGUGGGCGGCGAGGCAGCCAUCACCGCUUCAUCACAGAGAAGCGGGUCUUCGCCAACUGGGCGCGGACGUUCGACAUCCAUUUCUACCAGCCUGACUGGAGCCCCCCGCCCCUUCCCACCAACAGGACAGCUGAGGACAUGGUCCCGGCAGGACCCCCCGUCACCCCAAAGACGUGA